AUGUCUGAAAGCAGUGAUAUCAUUGAAGUGUCGUACGACGAUCAACCAAAAGGUGAUCCAAUAGAGGAGAAUCCUCCAGAGACUCCAAAGAAAAGGCGAUCCUCAACUCACCAUUCAUCGCACACUACAUGGACCAAACGUUCUUCUAAUGUCUCCACCACAUCCUCUCGAACCUCGCACUCUAAAAGAUCCAAUUACUCGAAAUCACCCAAAACGCCAAGCUCGAGGAGAUCUGAUUAUUCCAUGUCCCCCAAAACCCCUUCUAGUGGAAAAUCGCUCAAGAACCACCAAAGAUCCAACAGUUCCAAGUUGAUGAUUUCCACCAAGUCUCCAAGUCGAUCCUCCUCGCGACGUUCGCACACGAAGCGGUCGGCAAGUGAUCGAAAUGUCUUUUCGUCACCAUCAGGAUUGCUCUUGGACGAAAGUGAACGAUCCAGACAAUCUCAUUCUAAGAGGUCUAGCAGUGAUCUCUUGCUGCCAGAAGAGCUGCCUUUGAAUGAUGACGACGUCAGUAUUGAUGAUUCCAGUGGCGAGGACGAACACAAACAAAAGAACUCCUCCAAACAAGAUAGUAGAAGCUCUAAAAAGCAGGAUGGUCACUCCAAGGAACACUCCAGCAGAAGUUCUAGAAAGCUUGAGGGUAUAUCCAAGGAGCAUGCCACCAGAAGCUCUCGAAAACUGGAUGGUCGAUCCAAGGAACACUCCAGCAGAAGCUCUAGAAAGCUGGAUGGAUUGUCCAGUAGAAGCUCCAGAAAGCUUCAGCCGGAAGAUGACUUGGAACUCCAGUCUCCAAGAAAGUCAAAAUCCAAAAAGAGUCCACAUGCUUUGGAUAGCGACGUUUUGGCAUCCGAAACGCAUGUGGAUAGUUCGGAUGGUGGUGAUCACGGAGAGGCAGUAACAGCUGCCAAAGACAAGCCUGACGAAAACGAAGAAAACGAGAAGAAGCGAAAAAGAAAAGGCGCUCUCUUGUGUUGUUUGCUCUUUUUGCUCCUUAUUGUCGGAGCCAUUAUUGCCAUUCUCUUGCUCCGAUCCAACGAUGAUGAAUCCACAAUUACUAAACCGGACACUGUUGUUGUGGACACUAAUCCCACGGCUCCUCCUACUUUGCCACCAACUGAGGCAACGGAUCGUCUCACUGUGGGCCCCACAGCAGCUGGAUAUCGUCCUUCCAAGGAAGAUUGCGAAAAGGUUGCCAAUCGCCUUCCUGUAUUGGAUCAAGAAAAUAUGGUUACUCGAAGGUUUGGUGUCAUCUUAGACGUGACGUUGGAAGCUAAAAUAGGUGACCAACAAACGACGAUGAACUUUUUGGAAGCAGAGAUUCAGAGAUUCUUGAUGCCCUUGCUUGUGGGCUGCUUUGAAGAUAACAACGAACAAGAUCGAAGAAGCUUACAAGAGAUCGAAGAUAUUCUGGAAGGAGAAAGAUACAUUGUGGCCAAUGGCUAUGUCAAUUGGGCUCCAGAGACUUUGGAAGAUCUCAAAGAAUGUCAAUCCGUGAUGUGCUUUGGUGGUACAUUCGACUUUGACUUAUUCAUGAGAGAUCCAGAUGCCAAGUACUUGACUAUUGUGAGUCUGAUGAGUGCAGUCUUUGGGCGAAAUCUGGUAUUCCCUUUAGGCCUGGAAGCUCCAUUCAUCAGCGUGAUUGUCCGAGCAGUGAUCAAUGAAGACAAACCAACACCUGGUGAGGGUGAUGGGCCAUUACCCGUUAUUGCACCAUCGGAUGUACCAAGUUCUGUUCCAUCUGGAAAUCCAAGCACAAUGUCGGUUACCGGAUCGCCUACCCGAAAGCCAAGUCCUUGUCCAACGAUUGCUCCAGCGCCUGGAGUGACGCAAGAACCUACUUCAGAACCAUCGCUAAGACCAUCUCCUGGGCCGACACCGCCACCAACUCCUGGACCAACGGGACGGCCAACGCCUCCUCCAACGCCAGGUCCAACCAUACCUCCAUCACCAGAACCGACGUCUCUACCAACACCAGAACCUACUGUCGCGACACCGCAACCCAGUACUUCAUUUAAUCCGACAAGGGCACCAGUAGUCGGACAGACGCCUGAUCCGACCUCGGGACCCACAUUUACUCCUACUUUUGAGCCAACCUUUGGACCUACUUCUGAGCCUACAAUUGAUCCUACAUUUGAACCAACCUGCGAGCCAACCUACGAGCCUACGUAUGAACCUACCUACGAGCCCACUUUUGAGCCCACCGAUGAGCCAACCUAUGAGCCUACCUUCGAACCUACAUACGGGCCUAGUUUUGAACCAACGCCUGUUCCAACCUCGGCGCCAACUUCUGUGCCCACAUCCUUGCCCACUUUGGGCCCCACCCCAGCGCCGGUGCCGGUGCCAACGCCCGCACCAGUUCCUCCCCCAACUCCACCGCUAGUACCUCCCCCAACAUCUGCACCUGUCACUGCCGGGACUUCUGGACCAACUCCUUGUGUUGCGUAUAGCUCAACCUCUGACCUUGAGUCAGCCACAUCUCGUGAUACCUGCAAAGCUCACUUGGAUGCUGGAUUUAGUACAAAUGGAUACUAUCUCAUAGCUCCGGGACAGUCUGGAACUCCUUUUGUUGUUUACUGUGACCAAACAGCAGGUGGAUAUGCUCUGUUUGUCCAUCAUAGUGACGAAUCAAUGCGUGUGGAAAAGUCAGUUGUUACACCAUGUGCUUUUGGGGUUGCAACUGCUGCAAACUGGAGAGCUCUCCGCGAUGUAAUGGCCGAUGGCAUAUGGGCGGAAGAUGAGAAUGGCAAGAGAUCCUUCAUCUCAAAGGCCGCAAUGCUUGAUAGCAAUUGUGGAACACCACUUGACAUAGAUUCGCUUGUUGGGACCUACUACGAUCUGGUUCUAGGUAUGACUGUGGAUUAUUUUACGAGAAUUUUUCUUGACGAUCGUGGACCAAAUAUUUGUGACGGUAAUGGCAACCAGGCCAGUAACGGGAGUGUGGAUUCCAUCGGUCUUAUGGAUCCAUUACUUGGCGUUUUACCUCAGGAUUUUGGGGCUUCACUCUACAAUGCUGGUGCCUGGGAUCCUUGGGCUUAUGGAACCUUGGACCGCUCGUACACCACGCACAAUGAACUCAAACUAUACAUGAAAUAA